CCAACAUCGAAAUUGCACUUUUGCGCGCACAUGAUGACGCUCACCCGAGUUUGGUUAUGUUUGCUGAUGCCGUUUUAGCGGAUAUCGUACUUAUGAUACUAGCCGGUGUUUGCAGUUUAUUCGAUUGUUAAUAUUUACACAGAUCUUCCGGCAUCAUGAAGCUCGUGAGGUUUUUGAUGAAACUGAGCCACGAAACGGUCACGAUAGAGCUGAAGAAUGGAACCCAGGUUCAUGGAACUAUCACUGGUGUUGACGUAGCAAUGAACACACAUUUAAAGACAGUCAAGAUGACGAUAAAAAACAGGGAUCCAGUGCAACUGGAUACUCUUAGUUUAAGAGGAAAUAACAUUAGAUACUACAUUCUACCAGACUCUUUACCUUUGGAAACAUUAUUAAUCGACGACACACCCAAAGCCAAGGCUAAGAAGAAGGAAGCCGCUCGAGGAGCUGCAAGAGGCAGAGGUCGUGGAGGACGAGGUGCCAGAGGAGGUCGUGGUGGUAGAGGAAGAGGACGAGGCAGGCGAUAGUAGUGUAAUAACUUCAUUCCAAAAACAAUUAAAGAGUGUUUGGUUAAGUUCAAUGAUUAAAUCGUAUUUUCUACUAUAUAUAAAGUAUCUUUCGUAUCUCCUAUUGCUGAUAAACCCAUCAUGAACUUUUUAUAACCAAAUAUAUUGAUUAAGAUAUUUAUAUGUAUAAAAUUUUCAUAAAACUGUAAUAGUACAGGAGAGUGUAUCAGCCAUUACUUUUGGAUUGAGUUUUCAUCAAUUCUCAAAGAAUCGUAAUUAAUAUGUACCAGCGAUAUACAAAUGAUAAAAUUGUAUUUCGUAAUAAUUCAAUUAUUAAAUAAUAUAAUUAAAGUAA